AUGGCUAAAUCACCCAAGAGACCAAGCGGUUUUGGGGCCGACAACUCGCGCCAAAAAAGGGCAAAAAAGGAAGACAAUGACACCCUUCUGGAAGAUGAAGAACCCGCGUUUGAAAUAGGGAGUGGGACAGCUAGUGAGAGCUUGGAUGCCGGAAACACAGAUUUCGGAUCAGAUAUGCCCACUCCGUUCGACAGCAUGGUAGACAGACCAGCAUCUGGCGUUACUUUACCGGAAAGCAAGACCCCAACAACAAACCUUGUGAGCUCUGCAACUACAAGCACAGAAGACAAAAAGAAGGCCAAGCCCAAGGGAAUGCAACAGAGUACGAAAAAAAUGCAGCAGUCAGUGCAGUCGAGCACGGCGGUCCCGGCAGGGAACGGAUCUGGGUCCGCCAGUGGCUCGGGAGCAGGCGGCGCAAACGCCAACCAGGCUUCCUCCAAGAUGCAGACAGAUCCCGACAAGCUCAGCGACGCACUGUUUUCUGCAGGUGUCGAUAUCCGCGAAGAAGAGGCGCUCUUGAACUCCUCCAUGAACAUCACAAAGAACAGUGGUCAGCACGCCGACCCUGCACUCAACAACACACUUCCGCCCCAGGUGCCGCUGCUGCAUCCGACUCAGGUCGCCGAUUUCAUGAAAAAAGUUGGCUCGGAGCAGAAUUUCAAUCAGGACUUCUCCAAAGCUCACGAUGUACUGAGUCUGAUGUCUUCAGCAUGCGAGGCGUUCAUGCGAGACAUAAUAACCAAUUCACUAGUCAUUUCACGGCACAGACGUCGCUCCAUAAAGCUGAGUUCUGGUCGUCGAAGCGACGUGUCUCGAGCCCUGCGAGACAUCGCUAUCCACCAAAAAGAACAGGAAGAGAAAAGAGUCAAGAGGAGAAUUUCGAUGGGGCUCGAAAAGGAGACUGCAGAGGCCAAAGUCGAAACAGAGGAGACACUGCACAGGGCUUCCAAUGCGACCGCCAACAUGAUGAUAGCAGGUGGUAAAAAGAAGUACAGCUGGCUGAACGCCGGUCCGAAAGCUAACAAUAACUCUGUGAAGGUUUUGGGCAAAGUGUCAUCAGACGUUGCUGCUCGCGGAGAAAUUGGUAUUCGAUAUCGUGAAGCCAGAGAAGAACCGGGAAUUGUCAUGAGAGACCUUCUCAAUGCCUUGGAAAAUAGAAGAGUCGGUGUGAACACCGUGAUUCCGAAGGGCUACGCAAGAAUCAGAGAUUAA